AGAAUGCGUGCGGGAGACAAGAAGAACGACCGAGACCUGGUAAGGAGUGUGGUUGAAGACCUCCACUCCAGACGAAAAAGUUACCAGGACACACCAUAAAGGCUGAUGGAGUCCUGGACUUCGGUAUGUCGGAGGACUAAUCCAUCGGAUGAACAAAACUGUGAAGACUAUUUGAACGUGCGUGUGUGCCGUGAUAGAUCACGUAGGACAGUGCCUCAGUGGACCUGAGACAGAAAAUGCCUGAAGCCGACAACUUGUCUGGAUUUCUGCUGCAGCCGUUCGUCGUGGGCACCUAAGUGAUCGAACUUAACUUCUGAGUCUAGAUGGGAUAACAGUCCUCGUUCAUAAGUGACCGAGGACCUGACCUGAUUAAUUAUGAGAAUAGGCAACGACUUUACUGCUACUGUGUUUCUAUUCGUUGCUGUGCGCCGUGACGAUUCGGCUUUCAAAUCAGUUUGAUUGGCCAAGUUUUCCGAGUACGCACGGAGGCAAAGUUGCUUUUGUUCGUCCGUGUCACAUUUAUAUCAAAGCUUGCCAAGUGUCAGACUUUUCAUCAAGGAGAAAGCCGGUGCACUGGCCGCGCGCUGACUGGGUUUGAUUAGACCGAUGCUUUAUGUCGGACAUCAGUGAGAGGUCCCCAAGUUUGAGGACCGUUUAAGGACAAAGACUCGAAACAAAUUGAAAACAUCAGCUGAAAUGAAUGAAUCCAACCAAUCAUACGAGAAUGGAAGUGAGGAAUACUACCACCGGUGCAUGGAUCUGUACAGUGGUCCUAUGUACAGUGAACCAACUUGGCUGCAAGUUCUCUUCGGCGUCAUUUUCGGCCUGAUCACGGUCCUGGGCAUCGGGGGCAAUGCCAUCGUGUGCUACAUUGUCCUGGGCCACCGCCGGAUGCGCACUGUCACCAAUUACUUUGUGGUGAACCUAGCCGUGAGCGACCAGCUCAUGGCCGUCAUGUGCGUCAAUUUCACCUUCUACACCACCCUCUACAUGACCUGGCCCUUUGGCCUGGUCAUGUGCAAAGCCGUGUCCUUCUUCCAAAGCGUGUCGGUGUCCGUCAGCAUCUUCACCCUGGUCGCCAUCAGCAUGGAGCGGUACAUGGCCAUCAUCCAUCCGCUUCGACCCAGGCUCGGUAACACGGGAACUCUCCUGGUCAUAGCGCUCAUUUGGAUCAGUUCCUGUGCACUGGGCUUACCCACGGUCAUCUACUCUCUAAUCUACGUGGAGGAUGGUGUAACCUACUGUUCGGAGGAGGAUUGGAAGGACCGGGGCAAUUACAGCUUUGCCACAAUGGUCUUAACCUACUUCCUCCCUCUGGGGGUAUUAGCCAUGGCGUACACUCGAAUUGGAAUACGUAUCUGGGCUCGAAAGACUCCCGGAGAGGUGGAAGCAAACAGAGACAGGAGAAUGACUGAAUCCAAGAUAAGGUUAGUCAAGAUGUUUGCUGUGAUAGUGUUCCUCUUUGCAGUCUGCUACCUUCCUAUUCACACCUUCAACAUCGUGCAAGACAUCCACAAGAGCGUCGUGCUGUGCUACCCAUACAUCCGGGUCAUUUACGUAGUCGUCAUAGCCGUAGCCAUGAGCAACUGCGUCUAUAAUCCCUUCAUCUACUGCUGGAUGAACAGCAAGUUCCGGGACGGCUUCAGGAAAGUCCUGCGGUGCUUGCCAGUUCUGAGGCGCUCCCGGAACCAGGCUAGCCAUUCCAGUUCCUUUCGGGGCUUGAAAAGAACCAGCACUCUCAAUACCCACAUGCAAUCCUGACUAUAGGCCGAAAUUAUUGUCUUGCACCGGGACAAUAAUUUCAGAUCUCGCCUCGAAUGAUAUUAUUCUGUAUUUUUCUCUCGGUGUGUGUGGACACUGUCUUGCCGUAGUUUGCAACUACAGCAUUCAUGGCGUAUAAUUUCCUCUUCAACGCAUAUUCUGAUUCACUAUCUGAUUCUAUCUAGUGGUUAAAUGAAAAACAUCCAUUCAGAUUUUAUUUUUCUGAAAUUAACGUCCAACUUUUAGAUGAGCGUCUCUGGUCCAUUUUUUUUCUGUUUAAAUGACUCCUUUAUUUUGAAAGGAGGCACUGCCGACUCGCUCUAGCAUAACUGUAAAAUUUAAAAGCACAAAUUAAGAGUAUUUUUCUGAUAAUCUUUGAUUAUUCACACAUGUAUACAGUUUAGUCAAAUAACCAGCAGGCACCAUGCUGAAACCCACUUGCUGUGUUGUCUUACUUAAGUAUACUCACCUUGGUCGAUAUGUACGGCUGUACCUGUGCUCCAGUCUGAAAUUUUGAGAGAGUUACGUAAUGCAGCCUUGGCCAUUUAUCCAUGUUGGCCAUAUGUUCCUCACAAGAGAAAAAGGUCCAGAUGCCAGGGGUCAAGGGUGCCUUCGCGAAACACGACGAGGGUGUCGACCAUUUUGAUCAUAUUAGGCUAAGAAUAAUGAGCACAGGUGAGAGAGUCAUGACGCCCGUCAAGCCACACAAUAGGGCGUUGUCCAGUUGAGUUCGUUCGGCAGAUGCCAUGUGUUGGUCGAACUCAGUGAGUGGAUAGAAACUGUCCGCUUGCUCAUAGGAAUCUCUUGGACGUUUCUGGGCUUUACGAACUUCUACUCGUAACCCAACUCAAAUGCUCCAAAACAUCCUUCCAUAGUGCGGCAAACGAUCAGGUAUUGCUCUUAAAAUUGUAAACAAACAAACAAACAAACAAACAAACAGUAUUAAAAAAUCAAGGGAUUGUAUAAAAUGCCUGUAACAAUUCACUGUUCGCGACUUUAUUGCGUUCUCAAGAUUAUUUAUGUGUAGCUCCUCCCACAAGUUUUUUUUUAUAAUGUGGAUCAGGUUGAAUCAAUCUCUGACUGUGCCUGUUUCUCAUACGUCAGUCAGAUGGGGUGUACUUUGACUUAAGCUGCUAUUUUUGAACGUGCUACGAAAUAUAUGGAUAUGGUUCUUGUACUUUAAUCACAGAAGGGAAUCAAAUGAAUCUCUUUGUAGUUGUUCGAGUCGUAUUGAGCAUUGGGGCUUAGCCAAGAAGCCAUCAGUAACUUACCGCAAGCGCGCGUUGCUUGAACUAAAAGCAUCGCACGGUGGAUUUCAGGUUCUUUUGGAAAACAAACAGGAAACAGUAUGCUCAAGACGAGCACGCCGUUUGAACUGUAGAGACCUUCUCUUACAACCAGCUCUAUUCUAUUUAUAGCCACUACCCUUCCACCAAAGUACAAUCCUAGUUCAUAAUUGAGUAAUGAUUGACAUGCUGACAGUCAGCCGAUUCAAGCACAAGAUAAGUGUUGCUGCAUACUCAAGGGGAUACUCUGCCUGUAGCGAGCUUGCCUCGGCACUCUCAUCUGCAUUAAUGGAUGUUGUAUUUUUUGUUCCAUAUGCACUUAAACCCUUUAUUCUUUCAUUGUCUCUAAAUUUAAUUAUUAAAACAAAACGGCCUCCACUUAGGCGGAACUCAUCCCACAAGCACGCCUGGGGCACAGUUCUUCACAUUACGUAUGCAUACCACCGACAGUGAAGGUAUGUUCAGGGUAUACUGGUAUGCCAAUAACUGUAUACCAACUGUGUGAUAUUGAACGUGCCUGAAAACUGUGACACUUCAUUUCCUAUUGUUGCUCCCAUUAAGCUUACACAUUUUGUAUUAAGAGCUAUAGUUUAUUUACUUGCCUGUUUGACACGACAACUUGCCGUGUAGCAACGAGAAACUGUCAAGAAGAGUAAAGUACCUGUAGCGUACCUGCUUGAACUAAAAUGUCUUUCAAUUUAGCGGAUUAGGCCUAUGUGGGACGAUCAAAGGGUGACCUGUCGAAUUGUGGUUGCCAAACGCAGUGUAACGCACGCAUAACUAGCAUAUUGGCCUCGGAAGAAGAAACCAAUCCCUUGAACAUAGGUGGGCUCCCUUUCCUGUACAGUUGCCAAAUUAACAGUGUAAAUCUUGCCCGUGGUAAAAAUAUUGCUUAACAAGUUAAGCUUUUCAAAGAUGGUCAUAGUUACCAAAGGCACGGUACCGUCGUCAUGAUAGAAGGUGGUAGUUUAACAACGCCAGAACUUCAAACGCUAUUUUGGACGCCUUCGCUGCAAAAACUGUGGUGUUAUAAAUCAACACUGUUGGUGUUAUCAGAUCACCACACCAUAGGAUGUUACUUUAACAGUGCUGGUGUUACUUUGCACAUCUAUAAGUGUUACAAUGCCUGGGAGGGUGUUAAAAGUAACACCAAAUAACACCAACAACAGUCCUCUGAUAACACCAGGGGUGUUGAAUUUAACACCCCUCAUCAAACGUACGCAACAGCAAGUCGGAAGUAUUUCACAUGAACCAACCCAGAGAAACUUACUAGUGAUACGUGUAGGCUCGUUUUCAACACAGCCCUACAGGUCAUAUAGAUGCAUGUGUGGGAUAGCUGCUGCGUAACAAGUUAAGCUUUUCAAAGAUGGUCAUAGUUACAAAGAAUGCUGGCUGAUCCAUAUUUGCCUGGGAGAUUUCCAUACAACAAAGUUAAAAGAAGCACCCCUAAAAGAAGGGGGGAUGCAAAGUUGUUACUACGGACAAACGGUUUUAUAAUAGUACAUCGUAUCCACUGAAAGAUUAUUCGCGUGAAAGUAUGUUGUAGAGGUAAAUUCCAUAUCAUGUUAGCUAAAACGUUAGGUUUCUGUAAUAAAAACAGAUCCAGAUGAUAGCUCUAUUGUCCUUACAAUCUGGUUGGGAAAGAAGCUGGAAUUAGAUUUGUAAGUGAACACUCAGUUCACCUUCGGAUCAUUUUCCUUCCGUGUAAAAUCUAACAUUUAUUAAGUGGUACGUGUAUGACCUCUCUAAUGACUUGUUCUUGCCUUGAGGUAGAUUUAGUGCUAUCGAAAUGUUAGUGCUUUUAACAUGUUGAGAUACAUCUAAUAUUUCCAUUAUCUUUCAAUCAGAAAAACAAUAUAAAAGCCCGAGGGCAGAGUACACGUUCUGGUGGUCGCAGGAUGGAAUGCGAGUCCCGUAAUGUUCAUCGAAUAUAGACGAGUUCAACAGGCAGAGGUAGAAAUCAUGUGCCUGGUACUACGCAAAUAAGCAAGUAAUGUACAUUAUACAUGCGCACAUGAAACAACCUUGUUCAGCCAAUGUGGGGAUGUGUGGCACCCGCGCGUCGAGGUUAGGAAUGCGCGUGACUGUGGUGUGAUCGCAGUGUGAUUGGUUUCGGUACUGAUGAAGUCACACCUUGUAAAGAAGUGCACUUCCUACAUAUGAGUACCAUAAGAAACUGUGACUACAUCAGUGCCUGUAUGUCUAUUGCGUGUCCUCAAAUUAGACUAUAGAGUUUCGAAGUACCAACUGGUGAUGUUUAUUUAAUGUGUUCUCUCCCAAACGGUCCUCUUCUUACAACUGGAUGUAAUUAUGUAAAUAUUGUACUAUAUUAUCACUGUAGCAAUGUUUGACGCAAUCGAUAAAUACAUGUGGCAGUUUGGAUGCAGA